AUGAGCGCUGUCCUCGACCAGGGUGCUAAAGAACACCCCACAGCGUUCUGCUACCAGGUGAAUGGGUCUUGCCCCAGGACAGUCCAUCCUCUGGGUCUCCAGUUGGUGAUCUACCUAGCCUGUGCAGCAGGCAUGCUGAUCACAGUCCUUGGAAAUUUGUUUGUGGUACUUGCUGUGUCCUACUUCAAGGCACUUCACACUCCCACCAACUUCUUGCUGCUUUCCCUGGCCCUGGCUGACCUGUUUCUGGGUCUGCUGGUGCUGCCCCUCAGCACCAUUCGCUCCGUGGAGAGCUGCUGGUUCUUCGGAGACUUCCUCUGCCGCUUGCAUACGUAUCUGGACACCCUCUUCUGCCUCACCUCCAUCUUCCAUCUCUGUUUCAUUUCCAUUGACCGCCAUUGUGCCAUCUGUGCACCUCUGCACUACCCCUCCAAGUUCACAGUCAAGGUGGCCCUCAGGUAUGUCCUGGCAGGGUGGGGGGUACCAGCAGCUUACACUGCCUUCCUCCUCUACACAGAUGUGGUAGAGAGAGGGCUCAGCCAGUGGCUGGAAGAGAUGCCUUGUGUGGGCAGUUGCCAGCUGCUAUUCAAUAAGUUUUGGGGCUGGUUAAACUUCCCUAUGUUCUUUUCCCCCUGCCUCAUCAUGAUCAGCUUGUAUGUGAAGAUCUUUGUGGUUGCUACGAGGCAGGCUCAGCAGAUCAGUACCUUGAGCAAAAGCCUGGCUGGGGCCGCCAAGCGUGAAACAAAAGCUGCCAAGACCCUGGGCAUCGCUGUGGGCAUAUACCUGUUGUGCUGGCUUCCCUUCACCAUUGACACAAUGGUUGACAGCCUCCUUAACUUCAUCACACCUCCACUGGUCUUCGACAUCUUCAUCUGGUUUGCUUACUUCAACUCAGCCUGCAACCCCAUCAUCUAUGUCUUUUGCUACCGGUGGUUCAGGAAGGCACUGAAACUCAUUCUGAGCCGGGAGAUCUUCUCACCCCAGACGCCCACUGCUGAUUUGUACCAAGAAUGA